ACAGCCAAUUAUUACCUCACCUGUCACCUGGUGCUGCACACCUGAGAAUAACAGCAGGUGUGAAGGAGCUGAUAAAAGGCCUGAGCACGAGACUGGCUGAACUUUGCCAGUGGAUGUGCAGUCUGUGUUCAGUGCUCUCUGAAGGCAUAUUGGAGCAGACCUUUUACGACUGGAACGGCUUCCUACUGUGGUCUUCAGCUUGGAAAGUCGGAGGAAUCUGCAAAAUCCAAACUUCAUCCAGCUUUGUGUGUGUGUGUGUGUUGGAUUGUGAGAGUAUCUGGCCCAAGAGGGGAAACACAUUUGUGUCAAACUGAUGUUAAAAUAAAAAUGGCCGCUGCACACUAAACCGAGGGAAAGCUGCAAAAUAACCAGUUUACAGCCUUUUCUAGUGUUUUGCAUCUUGAAUGAAUUUAACAUGAUAUUGUUUAUUUGUGAAAAUGAAGCCUAACAAUCAGCUUGAGGUGCUAAUAUAAGUUAGCCUAGUCAUGUUAGCAUCUCUCACUGACUUCUAACUGGAACGAAGUUUGUCUUAGUUGACCUACAACUGUCCAAUAAAGUAGCAGAGGAUGUAAGGGGAAUCCCAUAAAAGCACAUUUGCCCCUUUUUUUUUUUUUCUCCCCCAACGUUAGUAACAAAGCUUUGACCUCCAACCACAACAUGAACAAGUGAACUAAUUAUAUUAAAAGCCUUUCAGGUUAAACUAUGGUCCAACUUACAUUGGAUCCCGGUCUAAUUAAAAAUGUGAAAACUCUCGCCUCUUGUAUAAUUAUUAAAAACCAAUGGCUAGAUGAUGUGUUGAGACGAACUAUGAACCGAUAAAAUGAAUCUACAAUAAAACAAAGCUUUCAGCACAAAUAAAGCCAGCGCUUGCAGUUUAGCUUCUUCUUGAACCUGGUGUCAGCGUGCCACCCCUCUGACGUGAUCGAACGGCAACUCACGCGAGACUUCCGCUCUUCUCAUCCAGUCUGUCAUGGCGCCUUAGGGACGCUGUUAUUGUUCCAGUUUGCUGGUUGUUUGGAACACUGACGCGGAAUACAAAGCCCGUAGAGGACGUGCGGGCAUGAACGGACCAUCCGGAGAUAAUGUUAAGGUCCACCGGCUUCUUCCGAGGGAUUGACUGUCCGUUUUACGCGGAUUACGACGACGGCAAAGACGGUAGAAAUGGGUGUAACAGACCGUACUGUCACUUCAGGCACAGCCGGCAGAGUCGGCCGUCCUACGGGGACGUUAAAAAGCUGCAGUCCGGACAAAAAGAUCAAGGUUACGAUCCCUUCAACCCAGAAGUAGUUAGACCACAGGAGCAGCAGAAUGGAAAGCUUGCUCCAUCAGGAGACCUCAGCGGCGCUUUGGAGAUGGUCAACAGAGCCAUCGAGGAAGUCCGCAGCGAGGUGGAGUGGGAACAGCGUAAGCUCUCUCGCAUUGGGGACGAACCUUACAGUCCCACUGAGAAGACCAGUUUGUCUUCAUCUGACGCUGUUAAAAGCCAGGCGGUGGGCUCGCACUUGGCUUACGAUCCUGGGAGCUAUCAGAUCACAUCAGGAGGAUACGAUCCCACCCCCGGCUGCAGCAAGUACACCUUGGAUUCAGACAGUCAGGGGUACAACAGCAGCUCAAUGGAAUAUGUUCCCACUUCACUGAAAAAACCUCGGCCUCGGACACAACUCCCCUCUUCUCCCCAGAACCAGAAGUAUUUGAACAGAACAUCCUCUGCAAAGUGCAAAUACACUCUGGACAAUUCAAGACCUUCUACAGAUAUGGAGUAUGACCCUCUGUCCAACUACUCUGCUGGUAGUGCUGUGAAAAACAAGAGAGAUGAGGAUUCUCAUCCAGCUAAGACUGACUAUAAGAAGGCGCACAGGCUAACAGGGACAGGUUUUUCAGAUGAGGAGCGUGUUGCAGCUGGAAAAAAGCUGCAGCAGGCGAGUAUAGACUUAAAAAAGUACACCAUCUCCGACUCUGAUGGGGAGAGUUCUGGAACAGAGUAUCGACCCACCUCGCUUAGCAACCUCCAGCAAAGAAAGGCCAACAUUGUGUCAGCUGGGGAUGCUUUGGGGAAAGAUACAAAAGACACGAGUAAAAAUAUAAAAGGUGCACUUACUCAGAGGAACAAGGAGGAGCUUGCACAGGACUUAGACACCCAGGAAAAUACAAAACAAAAGGAGAACGUGAAAAAAAAGAAGGUGGGUGAUCAAAGUGGUCAUGGUAAAAUUGGCACACCAGAAAAAAUGCAAAAUGCUGAUAAAGAAGUAAAAAAAUCAUCCGGUGUUAAAAGUAGCAGCGGCAGCACCAGUAGUACAAAAGACAAAGGAUCAAUCAGGAACUCUAAACAAGACUCUGCAAAGAAGGAGAACAAGAACCAGGGCAAGAAAGAUGAUGGUAAAAACACAGUAAAGGUGAAGACAGAUAAAGUUCAGAGGGAAGGCAGGGAUGAAAAGAGAUGUGACAGUAAGAAUAAGACGGAGGAAAAAGUUAAGAGAGACUUAAGUCAACAAGACAAAGAUGCACGAGAAAGCAAAAAAUUCAGACCAUCGGAGCGAGAGAAGGAAAAAGAGAGAAGCAAGCAUAAAGACAGCCAACACAGAAACGGUAAACUUGACAGCGAUAAAAACCAGAAGGACAUCAAGAAAAGUAAAAGCUCCAGCAGCUGCAAGGGGAGCUCAGCUAAAUUGAAGCAAAACGCCAGCUCAUCAAAAAAGAAACUCGAAGACAAAAGUCUGAGUCUAAGCCACGCGGAUCUGUUUGGAGAUGAGAGCCCCGAGGAGGCCGAACUGAUGGAGGUGGACUACGAUGACGGGUCGGAGGAAGUCCUGGUGAGGAAAUCAGCCGACGCAUUAAAGAGGGGACGUCUGAGCAAAAGGAAAGCUUCGGAGCGCACUCCAUCUUCCUCUGAGGAUGACGCCGAUCGCUACCUGGAACGCAGCGGGACAAGCUUGGAGGAGCCUGACAGCGGCAGAGUCGACUUUUCCAUGUUUCAGGAUGAUCUGGAUUUUGACUCAGAUCCAAUGGAAGAGUGUUUGCGGAUCUUUAACGAAUCCAACGAUGUAAAAAAGGAGGACAAGGGAAGGCAAGCAAAGCAGGUUUCUAGGGAUUCAGAGGAGGAGAAAAGCACAGAUGGCACUUUAACCACCCUCUUUCCCGGCCAGAAAAAGAGAGUGUCCCAUUUUGUUGCCAAAGGAGAUACUGAUGCACCUUCAAAGACAGUGAUCCGCCCUUACAAGAGGCCCACACCUCAGGAAGUCUGCUUCCAGCGUAUGCAGCUGAUGCAGCAGCAAGCUGCUCAGCUGUCUGCUUCAGUCCAAGCUGCUUCACAGAGCUCACCCUCCACCUUUUCUGGAGAAAAGAAGAGAAUAGCUCACCGGCCCAACCCACAGAUCACCUCCUCUAAGACGACAGGUCCAGCACAUAGAAAACCAGCUGCCAGUGAGACCCCUCAGGGAGUGAAGAGCCAAACCACAGCUGGCAUUCUGUCCAAGACCUCAUCGACGGUCGUGCAGAAGAGGACGGCACACACACCCACCAUGAAGAGCAAGUCUAUGAAGCGUCCUGUCAUCCCCACUGAGUUUGGGGCAAAAGUUCCCACCAACAUCCGCCAGCGCUACCUCAACACCUUCAUAGAUGAAUGUGUCAAGUUUUGCCCGACGGAGGAGGCUGCAUUUCAGAUGGCCCUUGAUGAGGAGAAGCUGGUGUAUGACCGCAGUAGCAGUAAAAACAUCUACCUCAACGUUGCUGUCAACACGCUGAAGAAGCUUCGAGGCAAAAGCAGUUCGUGUUCGUCGCCUGUCAACAAGGUCUCUGGGUUUGGAGCAAAAAGGAGGGCACAGUCCCAUGAGGAGGUUCUGGGAGGUCGUCUUGCAGCCACGACCAGCUUCACUGUCAACAGGUCGGGUAAACAGCUGGAGGAGAAGCUGUCUGGAGCCAUCCUGUACAGGAAGCUGAAGGCGUACCUGAUGACAGAGGAACUGCUGCAGGAGCACGGAUACCCGAGGCCAAACCCUGAGGCUUCUGGCAAGGCCAUCAUUUAUAACCUACCAGAGAAAAAGAUCACCCCAGACCCAUUCAACAAGAUAUGCUGUCGCUGCGGUGCAGAGUAUAAGAUCAAUGUCAACGGCAACUGCGUACGGAAAGAGGAGUGUAGCUAUCACUGGGGGCGUUUACGCAGGCACAGAGUCGCUGGAGGCUGGGAGACGACAUACAGCUGCUGCUCGGCCAAUGUAGGAGCUCCUGGAUGCCAAAUAGCGAAGCAACACGUUCAGGACGGCCGUAAAGAGUCACUGGACGGCUUUGUUUCGACAUUCAGCAAGCCGCUGCCCCCGGACGGAAACGGAGGAGUGUUUGCUUUGGAUUGUGAGAUGUGUUAUACGAAGCAGGGUCUGGAGCUGACCAGGGUGACGGUCAUCAACUCAGAGAUGAAAGUUAUCUACGACACCUUUGUCAAGCCUGAGAGCAAAGUAGUGGACUACAACACACGAUUCUCUGGCGUCACUGAGGAGGACUUGGAGAACACCACCAUCACUCUGAGAGAUGUUCAGGCUGUGCUGCUCAACAUGUUCAGGGCUGAGUCCGUCCUCAUUGGACACAGUCUGGAGAGCGACUUGCUCGCACUCAAGCUCAUCCACGGUUCAGUUGUAGACACGGCCAUCGUGUUCCCUCACCGCCUUGGUCUGCCCUACAAACGUGCCUUGAAGAACCUGAUGGCCGAUUACCUUAAACGCAUCAUCCAGGACAACGUGGAGGGCCAUGACUCCAGUGAAGAUGCAUCCGCCUGCAUGGAGCUGAUGAUCUGGAAGAUUAAAGAGGAUGCAAAGGUCAAAAGAUGACCCCCGACCCUCCCACUCGGCAUUCAUCAGUAUGACCUCCGACCUCGGUGUCGGUUCCAGAAAUACUCCUGGAGGUGGACUUUUGCUCUCAGAGAGUUUCAGCCAAAUAUGGAGAGGUGAGGGAGCACAAAACAGCACAGUUGGUUGUUGGGGAGGAGAUCGGUGAUUUAAACUGGAUCUCACAACCAUUAAAGCAAUAGGAACCUGAAUUAAUGUUGUUUUCUAGUAUUACUACUUUAGAUUUAAAUUAUGUUAGCUGAGAAGUAUUUUUGUUUAUUUGAGCAGAGUUUGUUUAAGGCCUCAAAGCUGAUGAAUAUAACCUCUCUAUGGGUGAACUUGAAAAGCAGAGGCAUUGUCUGAACUGUACUGAUUGACAUAUAUAUAAUAUUCAUGCUGGGCUGUGUCUCCAGCAUACAUUGCACUAUAAUAUAAAUGCUCUUGUUGUACAGGGCCAAUGUCCGAGGACCUCAUAUAUGCUGUGAUGUAUUCACUUCUAAUAUUAAAGAAAGUUAUUUCUUCUUAGUUACACUGAAGUGCAUUAAUGCCUUAGUCUAUCAGCGGUUUGUAUAAAUAAAUGCUCUGUUUUUUCACUCGCACCUAGUUUUCUAUCACUGAUGUGCUUAUUAAUGUAAUCCGUUUUUUAAGCAGAAAGGAACAGCCUCUACAUCUAGGUAUUGGGUUUAGUUGAUAGUUGAUUGACUAAAUGUAUUUAAAAGUUCAGGCCGAAAACACAUUAAAACCACCAACGUCUCAGUCUCUGCAUGAAGAAAACUACAGGAAUCUCUCUGACUAAAUCAUUUCCAGUUAUGAGUUAAUCUGCACUGUUUGACAGUGACUGAAAAUACACAGUAGAGCUGUAAAUAUGCUGUAAAGAGUUUACUUUGUACUUGUUAAACCUUUGUUUAUCUUUUUUUAGUAAAAUGUCUGAUAAAAGAAAA